UAGGAGGGCUUUUUCCUUCUCUCUCUCGCUCUGUCUCUCUCUCUCUCUCUCUCCAGCAUUCAUCUCGUUUCCACCAAUGAGCCCAAUGAGCCGAGCGCACUGAACCGCCCACUCUGUCGGUGUGUGUAUUUUUUUCUCCUCCUUUUCCGUCCUCUUUUUCUUUUUUCUUUUUUUUUUUUUUUUACACACACACACGAGAGCUGAAUGUGUAGAUCGUCACAUGUUGUUUCACCCUCCUCUCCUCAGUCCGGACACUAGCAGCAGCAGCAGACAUGUGUUAUUUACCGCUCAGCUGUGGAAGAAGACGAACGCUCUGGGAAUAAAAGAGGAGGAUUAGAAUAGAAAAAAAAGACGCGCGUCGUUUUUCUUCAGCAACAACUCAAAGGAAAAGGAAAAGCAUUGUUGUCUUGAUAGCAGCGAGAAUGGCGAGUCCGCCAAACACCGGAGAUCCGCCGCUACUACCCGGUAAUACUACCAACAACACUAUCAAGAAAUGCGGCUAUCUGAAGAAGCAGAAACACGGACACAAGCGCUUCUUCGUGUUGAAAGAGCCGAGCGAAGGUUUCGCUGCGCGGCUGGAGUACUACGAGAGCGAGAAGAAAUGGAGAAACAAAUCCACCGCGAAGAGAGUUAUCCCUCUGGACUGCUGCCUCAAUAUCAACAAGAGAGCCGACGCGAAACACAAAUAUCUCAUCGCUCUGUACACCAAGGAUGAGUAUUUCGCAGUGGCGGCUGAGAACGAGCCGGAGCAGGAGAGCUGGUACCGGCUGCUGACGGAUCUCAUGGCGGAGGGGAGAGUCUACGACGGAUCCGCCUCCAGCUCUGCGUCCUCUCUGGUCGGCUUCGACGAGGCGAGCUACGGGGUGAUAACGCCGGUGUCUCUUGUCUACAAGGAGGUCUGGCAGGUCAACCUGAAAUCCAAAGGUUUGGGGCAAACCAGGAAUCUAACCGGAGUGUACAGACUGUGUCUCUCCAGCCGGACGAUCAGCUUCGUGAAGCUGAACUCAGAGGCUGCGUCGGUAACGUUACAGCUGAUGAACAUCCGGAGGUGCGGUCAUUCAGACAGCUUCUUCUUCAUCGAGGUGGGUCGAUCCGCAACCACUGGUCCUGGGGAGUUCUGGAUGCAGGCUGAUGACUCCGUUGUGGCGCAAAACAUCCACGAAACCAUCCUGGAGGCGAUGAAAGCCAUGAAGGAGCUGUCGGAGUUCCGUCCUCGCAGCAAAAGCCAGUCGUCUGGUACCAAUCCCAUCUCUGUGCCCACAAGGAGGAACCUGCACAAUCUGCCCCCAAGCCAGACAGGGCUUACCCGGAGGUCUCGCACCGACAGCAUGGCUAUGACCUCUCCUGUGAGCAAGUUCUCCUCCUGUCGAAUACGCACAGCCAGUGAGGGUGAUGGCACCAUGGCUCGCCCCAUGUCAGUGACUGGUAGCCCCCUCAGCCCAGGGGUCCACAGGACCCUCCUGACCAGAUCUCACACCAUUUCAAUGCGCCCUUGUCGGACAUUUGAGUCUUCUUCCCUCCAGCACAGUAAGUCCAUGUCCAUGCCCCUGUCUCCAUCCCCACCCAUCACCACCCCUAGCUCAGGGAGUAUGUCAUCCUGCCCAGACAGUGGUGCUCCUCGUCCCUCCAGCUGCAGUGCCUCCUUCUCCGGCUCCCCCAGCGAUGCUGGUUUUAUAUCGUGUGAGGAGUAUGGAUCUAGCCCUGCGGAUGCCCGGGACCUGAGGCUAGGGCUUACCCUCCGUAGCAACACUCCUGAGUCCCUCAAAGCGGACACUCCCCCGUCCCGGGAUGGCAGUGAGCUCGAGGGCUACAUGGUGAUGGAGCGGCAGAACGGUUACCGGCGUUUACCGGAGCUGGACAAGGCUUAUCGGAAGCGCACAUACUCCCUCACUACCCCCCGCCAGCAGAGGGGUCCCCCACAAGUAUCUUCAGCCUCCCUGGAUGAGUACACUCUUAUGAGGGCCUCGUAUAGCAAUGGAAGCCAUUGUUUUCGUAGGUGUCACACUGCCUCCCCUAAAGGGAUCUAUCCGGAGGAUUACAGGGAUGUUCAGAUCACCAUUAGCGGUCUCAAAGGUGACAGCGGCUAUAUGCCCAUGAUGCCAGGUGUGGCAUCCCAGACGCCAGGGUCCAAGCACGACCCCUACAUGCCCAUGAGCCCCAUGUGUGUUUCUGCUCCAAAGCAGAUCAUCAACCCCCGUUCACACUCUACAACGGGGCUGGCCCCGCACACAGACUCCCCUGGGAGUGUUUCUCUGGAGGACAGCGGCUACAUGCGGAUGUGGUGCGGAACCAAGAUGUCAGUAGACAGCACUGAUGGAAAGCUCACCAAUGGAGAGUACCUGAACAUGUCUCCUGUUGACCCCCUGGUGUCUCUCACACCCCCAGAAUACAUCCUCAGUCCUCCGGGGGGAGAUCCCCACCCCCUGCAGCUUCACAGACAGCCUUAUUCUCACAGCUCUCUACCACGCUCCCUUAAAGGCCAGUUGCAGCGCAACGGGUCCACGGACAAAGACCAGUAUGUGGUGAUGAGUUUACAGAGACAGCGGAUAGAAGAGGAGUCCAACUAUUGUCCUGUCUCUCCAGGAAACUCUGUGGCCAGCAGCUCUCCUAGGGCCCCGAGCGUCCCUUCCUCUGCCCCAUCUCCUCUCAGAGUGGCUCGGGUAGAUGGAGGUCUGCUACACCGGAGUAGGGUAUGUCGGCCCACCCGCCUGGCCCUGGAAUCCCUCAGAACACUACCAUGUAUGAGCGAACACCCGCUUCCCUCAGAGCCACGCAGCCCUGGAGAGUACAUCAACAUAGACUAUAGUAGGGCAACUCGCGACCUGCUGGCAUCCUCAUUGUCAGAGAGCUCUGAGACCUCUGUGAGUUUAAAGUGUGCAGAGAGGGGAUCCCUGCCACUCUCAGACUAUGCUAAUGUUGACGUCAGCUCCACGGGUCACCUCGGCUCACACCAACCCGGGGGUUCCCCCCCUGCAGUGUGCCUAAACCACACGCCUGAAGUCUUGACUUGCCCUAGUCUGGUGAACGCCCAGCAGAACAUGCAGGGAGGCGAGAAGGGAGAAGAGAAAAAAAGCAUAGAGAAACCGGCCGAGGAGAGGGGGAUGGUAGAGGAGUAUCCCCUCCAACAGCAGGUGAGCCUGGUGUGUCAGCCUGCUCCAGUCAAGGAUGACUACACUGAGAUGACUUUCAGUCCUCCUGCCCCUCUACCUGCUCUCUGCACCACUGAUGACACCCCCCUCCCCACCAGCCCCACUGCCUGUGUCCAGAGACUCAGCCUUGAUAGCAGCAUUGUAGAUGGCGUGGCCCCUGCGCCAGUGGACUCUUUUCUCCUAGGGGGGCCUUCGUUAUCUGUCACCCUCUUGGAUCCACACAUGGGGGCCAAAGUGAUUCGGGCCGACCCUCAGGGGCGCCGGCGGCACAGUUCUGAGACCUUCUCCUCCACCACCACCGUGACACCAGUGUGCCCAUCCUUUGCCCAUGACACCAAACGGCACAGCUCUGCCUCUGUGGAGAAUGUAUCCCACGCCGUCUGCAGCUCUGAGGGCUCCGACGAGGACUACGGCAGCAACAGCCCCAUGUGCAGGGAGAUGUCAGCCGGUUAUCAAAACGGACUCAACUACAUUGCCUUAAACCUGAUGGAGGGAAACCUCGGAGGAUGCAGGUUAGGGGGCUGCGAUGGACUCCUGAGGUUCAAGACGACCACCGCCUGUGGCUGCAAAGGGGGCAUGAAUGGUUUCAACACGAGCCCCUACGCCAGCAUGGGAUUCAAGGAGACUGCUGCUGCUGUGAAAGAAUGAAGGCUGAUGGGUCACCCCCCCCUCUCUCCUCCCUCCUUCUCCUGUGAACGUCGGAUUUCACUGCAGCCAAGUGACGAGGUCGCCACAGCGACAGCUGGACCAUGCGCUGCAGUCGAUGUCCUUUGACCUCUUUGCCGCCUUCGAGGGUCACGGGGACGGCCAUCGCCAUGGCAACACGGACACUUGACCCUUGCCCCAAAUCUUCCCUCCGCUUUUCUCGGCACCAAAACAUUCAGGCGCCAUCGCUGCUGCUGCUGCUGUACUAGAUUACUUAAAGAAAUAACAAGAAUUUUAAACGGACUAUUAACUCUAACUAUAGCUAGGUAACUAUUUAUCUCUGUGCAUAGGCCUGCAAAAUUAUUCUGCAGUGUAUUGUUAUUUUGCUUUUUAUUAUUAUUAUUAUUAUUGCCAUUCAUACACUUUCAACUGGUCUUCUUAUCUGCCAGAUACUCUCACCUGAAAACCUGUGAACCAAACCUGGAGAGCAUAGUGUGCACACACACACACAUACACGCAAAAAAAACCUUUCAUGCAUACAGAUUACAUAUAUUUAUUUAUUUAUUUAUCAUGUAUGUAUGCAUUUAAUGAAAUGUGUGUGUGUGUGAAUUUGUAUACAGAUUGUACUGCAAAAAGAGGUGGCAUUUAUGAACAUAUUUAAAAAUCAAAGUUAACAUUUUGCUCAAAAACGAAAAAACCCUACCUCAGCAAAACCAGGUUGGUACCAAUUCACACAGUAGAAAUAUAUAUAUAUAAGAUAUUUAUUUUCCGAGGUGAAUGUUUUUUAAAAAUCACCAAUCCAAAGCCUUACUCUAGCCGUCAGCCCCCCCCCGUCUGAUGGACCUUUUUUUUUAAGUUUGGACCUAUAAACGCGCAGUAUAUCAAAGAUUAAACCCCUCAUCUUCUAGACUGAAUGUUCAUCAUGAGAGACAGCCUCUCUGAGAUUAAGUUCCUUUUCUCCCCACCUUACAUUUAUGACAAGAUUAUGUAUUAAAGAUCCAGAGUAAUAUAUUUAUGAAUAUGCCUGAGAUAGAGGAUUCAUACACUAACAGAAUACCCAGAGGACUUUAGAGGAAUGCCUGAUCAUUGCAUUGCAUAACAUAUGCAUGCAGGUUUCACGCAUCCAAACAUUGCAGCAUGAACCGGGUCCAACUGGACCUGACCACCAGAUCUGUGGCCUGUCUGAGCACCAAGUCUCAGCACCUUUUAUACACUUUAUCUACUCAGCCACUGUUCACCUGUGAUAACCUGCAGGAAGUUAUGACCUGUCAGGAAAAGGGACGGGGACAUGAAUGUUUGAAGUUAUUUAUACAAAGUAACUGGACAGCUCAGAAUCUUACAUUUUCUCACCCGAUUGCCUCAUUGCGGAGCUCCGUCGCACCGCACGGUUAGCCGACGGUUGGCCGACGGUUGCAGGCAGUGCUGGGCAAUGUGGCAAAAUGCAUGACACAGUCUGACUGGCUGUUCAAUGAGCCGCUCGAUAGCUCCACUUUGAGCUGAGAGGAGAGCCAGGCGGGACGCGACGCCGGAGCCUAAUGCAUGGUCUUGCACUUACAAACUUUCUAGAUUGUAACACAAGACACAUUGAAUGUAGUACAUGCUGUGUUCCGAGCUCGGGAACACACACAACCCGACAAACACCCCCGGCAACUGCAACAACAACAUGCGGAGGUACUGAAUCGAAACUAUGACGCAGAUACAAACCUCUCUUUAUUUAUCUGAAUUCACUGGUACUUUACCGUUGCCUAUAUACUGUAAAUAGUGCGGCGUUACAGAGAAUUACAUUUAAGCAAACGCUGAGAAACUUUGAGAGAUGUUAAGUUAAAUAACUUAUGUUGUUUGUACUGUACAUAGUUUGUGUUUGAGUGAACUUUCUGAUACGACAAACGCACUAAUUAAGUUAUAUGCUAACCAGAAUGGUUUGGCUUUGAUUUCUUUUUUAACUGUCAUGGGAUAGUCUUGUGAAAUGGAUGCCACUAUGAGGACAUUUUCUAAUGCUGUAAUUCUGAGAAAAAAAAAAAAAAGAUUUUAAGAGAAAUCAUUAAUACUUGACAUGAUUAAUUCUUGUAGGUACAACACAAAUGGCAUAUAUGCAAUAUUUACACUUUUGAAAAAAUUAGUUUACAAAGACGUACCAAAUGUAUAAAUACUGUUAAUAAUGUUUGUUAAACCUUAAAAUCAGAUUUUUUGCUGUUUGUACAUUUUUUUCUCCUCCAAAUUUGAAAUGAAAACUUUUUUUUGUGUUUUGCUAAUCGAGCCUCUUGGUGUUUUGAGCAGUGUUUUGCAUUCGGAUAAUGUUUCAAGUUUUUAUUCAGCAUCUAAAAGGUUACGAUAUGGGCUUAUCCUUGCUGUGUCUUUCAUUGUAAAUAUUUCACAUCUUGCAUAUUGUGAUGCUACUAAGAGAUGAUAAUUUAAACUUAGUUCAUUGCUUUAGAUUGUAUUGAUUCUUUAUAGACACAUGCAAUAAAAAUGAUGUUAUUUAAGAAAGC